GUUCCCAUAUGAGCAACACGUCUUCUUUGCCCUCCUUUCUGAUUUCUUCUGAGAGAAUGUGGAGACAUCUGAACAAACUGUUCUUUUGGGGCAUUUUUUCUUUGACAUUACGAAAAGCUUCCCUGGAUUGUGACACCAGAAGAACAAACAAAUUCCAUUCUCCAAGUUUGGACUCGGAAACGAAAGUGGUCACGAGGGGUCAAAAUGUAUCCCUCACCUGUUCCAACCAGAACGAGUCACUACAGAUCACCUAUUUUUUGUUUCGGCGUGAAAAACACCUGAGAACCCAUACUGGAAAAGGUGAACCCAUGAUUUUUAACCUGAGCAUCUCAGAAGCCCAUGAGCUGGGCCCUUACAAAUGCAAAGCCCAAGUUUCUAACUGUUCAAUGGUCAAAUACAGUCGUGAGUUCAACUUCACAUUUGUGGACCCAGUGAUCACACCAGUGUUGAACAUUCGUGUCGUUAACACAGAAACAGACCAACAUUUAAUACUGCGUUGUAUCUCAUUCAAUGGCUCUUUGCCCAUCAGUUAUACUUUCUUUGAGAAAGAUGUUGCCAUAUCACCACCUAUAUCCAAGCAUGUAAGAGAGCCUGCUGAAUUCAACAUAACCAAGAACAAUGCUGGAGAAAGGGAAGAAUAUAAGUGCAAAGCUAAAAACGAGUUGCCUGACCACGAAAGAUACAGUCAACCAGUCUCCAUCAAUCCUGCACCAGGUGGAGACAGCUGUCCUUUCUGCCUGCAGGUACUGCUUCCAGGGUUAUUGCUGGUGCUAAUUGUAAUCAUCUCAAUUCUGGCAUUUCGGAUACUACCAAAGUACAAAGCAAGAAAAGCUAUGAGAGAUAAGACACCUGGAGACUAUAGAAAUACGGCCACGGAAGUUGGAAUAUAUGCAAAUAUCUGUGAAAAUCAAGCAGGUAAGGAAUCUGUGCCAGGCUUGGAACCAAGGCAGUGUGUCCCCACAGCCCAAGAUGGAACCCAACACUCCCAGGAGAUAAAAUAUGCUACCCCUGUGUUCCAGAAGGGGGCACCAGGAGUUCAUGAAGCCCGUAAUGAUUGUAAAACUGGAUAUAUCUAUUCUGAACUCAUCUUCUGAAAUUUAAAGAUACAAGCUACAUCUCAGAGUAAUUUCCUUUUUAUAAAGCUGAUUUACAUGAAGAAAAUGCAAAUGUGAUCAAUACGUAAAAAUAUCUCCCUGGCGACCUAAAGUGAAUUACUGUUUUUCAUGAUUGAACACUAUUCCUUUGGCCUAUUUGGGUACGUUCAAUCUUGUCAUCAGACAAGUUUUCUCAGGUGGGAUCCUGACUGGUGACAGUUUUUUAAAAUGCUUCUGCCAUUUUUAGGCAUGGACCAAAGGUUCAGAAGAAAAAAAAACGUCUAAAGUCUAAAACAAAAAGUGGUGACCUUGAAAAUGUGUCUGAAGAAAAGAGUCCCUGUGGUUACUGUGAGGAGAAAGCAAGAUUAUUCACCAAGUACCCAUUUAUUAUCUACUGUUGUUUCAAUUUGCUCUCAGAUUCUGGAAGCCUGCAAAAAUAUUUAUAUUGAUUUUCAUGGAUGUUCUCAAUCCUCAAGAUUUAGCCAAUGUCAGAGGUGUGCCUUUAUGUGCUGCAUUUCCCAUCAGUGUUCUGUAGAGAGAAUACUGUUCUGUGGGAGAUAGGAAAAUGGAUUGCUUGGACUGUCUUAACAAAUCACCAUAAAUUGGUGGCUUAAGACAACAUAGAUCUAUUUUCUCAUAGUUCUGGAGGCCAGAAAUCCAAAAUCAAGAUGUCAGCAGAGCUGUGCUCCCUCUGAAGACUGUAGGGGAGAAUCCUUGCUUGUCUCUUUCAGUUUCUUUCCUGGUGUUCUUUGGUUUGUGGCAAGAUCUCUCUAGUUUCUGCCUCUGUCUUCAUAUGGCCUUCUCUUCCUUUGCCUUUCUCAUAUAAGGACAUUGAUCAUUGGAUUUAGGACCCCCCAGGAUGACCUCAUCUCAAGAUCCUGAAUUAUAUCUACAAAGACCCUU